AUGAGAAUGCUCAGUAUCCGUGGUGCCCAGGAGGAGGAGCCUCCAGACCCUCAGCUGAUGCGAUUGGACAACAUGCUGCUGGCAGAGGGCGUGGCCGGGCCGGAGAAAGGGGGCGGGUCCGCAGCAGCAGCGGCAGCCGCGGCCGCCACAGGAGGAGUGGGCGCGGACAACUCAGCAGAGCACUCAGACUACAGGGCCAAGCUGUCGCAGAUCCGACAAAUCUACCACACAGAGCUGGAGAAAUAUGAGCAGGUCUUCACUCAUGCGUGCAAUGAGUUCACCACCCAUGUGAUGAACCUGCUGAGGGAGCAGUCGCGCACACGUCCCAUCUCGCCCAAAGAGAUCGAACGCAUGGUCAGCAUCAUCCACCGCAAGUUCAGCUCCAUCCAGAUGCAGCUCAAACAGAGCACCUGCGAGGCCGUCAUGAUCCUGCGCUCACGCUUCCUCGACGCCAGGCGAAAGAGGAGAAACUUCAACAAACAGGCGACAGAGAUCCUAAACGAGUACUUUUACUCCCACCUCAGUAACCCGUACCCCAGCGAGGAGGCCAAAGAGGAGCUGGCCAAGAAGUGCGGCAUCACCGUCUCACAGGUAUCCAACUGGUUUGGGAACAAGAGAAUCCGGUACAAGAAAAACAUUGGCAAGUUCCAAGAGGAGGCCAACAUGUACGCAGCGAGGACCGCAGUGAACGCAACCAAUGUGUCGGCUCACGGCAGCCAGGCCAACUCCCCCUCCACUCCCAACUCAGCAGGUUCUGCUGGCUCUUUUAACAUGUCAAACUCUGGAGACUUGUUCAUGAGUGUUCAGUCCCUCAAUGGGGACUCGUACCAAGGGGGGCAAGUGGGGGCCAACAUUCAAUCCCAGGUGGAUACCCUUCGCCAUGUUAUCAGCCAGACCGGAGGAUACAGUGACAGCCUCGCAGCCAGCCAGAUGUACAGUCCACAGGGCAUCAACACAAACGGGGGCUGGCAGGAUGCUCCGACCCCUUCGUCAGUGACAUCGCCCACAGAAGGUCCCGGGAGCGUCCAUUCGGAUACUUCCAACUGAAUCUCGUCCGUCUCUCGGCCCCGUCCACACACAGGAAACAUGGACUGACCUUCUUGCUCUCCGCAGUAUUACACACACGGGAGUUUCGCCGUCCUGCCGCGUCGCACAGGUACAUCGAACUCCACCGCGCUCCAAAAUACUCUACAGUCGGACACUUGGGAUACAAAACUACAAAAAUGUUUCAAAUUGUAAUCGAUGGAGAAGUUUGUACAGAUUUCACAUUCUAUUUCAGAGGGCUGGGGUUACUUAUUCACUCAUAAUGUUUUCACACGUCAUGAUAAAAUGUUACGAUAAAGAAACCAUUCUCCAUUCUACCUCUCAGCCACAUAAAAAACAUAGAAAACUGUCAGUGACCAUUAUUUGUUUUGUAAAAAUAAAAAACUUUUUGUCUUUGCAAGAGGCACAUCUUCUUACUUACGUACAUUUUGUUGUCUCACUUAUUCUAUGGUACGCCAUUUAGACUUAAAUAUUGCUCAGUUGUUUACAAUGUGUGCUUGAUAAAGUCUGUCCAUCUCCCCCUCGGUCUCCUCUGUCAGGAGACGUGAGCUCUAAGGUAACCCUGUGAAGUAUGUUAUCUGUAAAACAAUAAAGAAAUACUUGUCAUCCA